UUCAUUCAGUCCGUCCUUCAUUUUGAACGCUUGGGUGCUCCUGGUUGACACCUGCUCAUCGAUUCGACCCUUACAGUUCUAUCAAACUCCAGUCGAUCUUUCACCAUCCUUGAAGAUAUUUGGAAUAAGAGUAGGGAGCAGUAAAGAUGAAGAUCAACCCCGCGCCUUUCCACCUAGCACAGGCUAUCAUCACUGGCCUCAUCGUUGCGCUCAGUGUUGCGACUCUUGGUACAUCGGCACAUACUCUCGAUGUAUUCAAUAAGCAACAGCCGUCCAAUCCAUGGUGGCUACCACUAUGGCCCCAGCAUUUCGAUACACAGGGCAUGAAGGCGUUGGUCGCUUCGUCUGUUGUGACAUUAGUGCUCUGCGGUGCUUUCCUGGUUGCCUCAUUUGUCCCAAAGCUCGCCCUUCGCCAAAAGUACACCCUUCGCGCCCUACUCUCCCUUGCCACGAUCUUCCCCUCUCUCCUCCUCACCCUCGUCACCGUGGUUUGGGCACAUAUCCUCAAUCACAACGCGCCCGAAGUCGACACUAUUCAGACUUGGACGUGCAAAUAUAAGAGCAGCCAACCGCUGCCGCAGGACAUCAAGAUGCCUAGCGACAUGGGCAACGCGAGUUUCAAGAGUUUGUGCCAGGAGAGCAAGUUCGCCCUGUAUGGAACAUUGACGAUAUUCCUGUUGUUGGGCACUAGUAUGGGGAUAACAAUCGUUACGUGGUUGGCGGAUAAAUGGGCGAGUAGGCAGAGCAGGAAGGAGGGUAUUGAGAUGGGUAGCGUGCAGUCUUGAGAAGAUGGGUCGUCAUGGGUGCGUGAAGAGAGGAAAGUAGCCGCACAGUGACGCGUCUGUGGGGUAUGUACUGGAAAAGUAGCUCGUGUACAGCUGCAUUGAGGUUAAGGACUCGGCGUACGCUUGUUUUUUUGGAGGCCGCAUUCAUGUGCGAGUCAGAUGCGCGGGUGGAACUCGGACCAAAGGUGAACAGGUGUUCUGGCGUUAUUAGUCCUAUACCAUCAGAUGAUGGACAUGUUAUUCCUCUUGUAGUCUGAUAAUACCCGAAUGAUUAAGUCGUCUUCAUCGGCCAACUAUGCUGUGUUUUGUGCGUCUGAAAGUCGAUGAGAAGAUGACAAAGCCCAUGCAUGUAAGCAUCUCUUUG